GCAUGCUUUGUGUGAAGAAUUCCGAGCGUGGCUUUCUGCUGUGACCCAGAUAGAGCUGGAGCCAACUAUUGACAUCUCCUGUGCUAAAUAUGAAUAUACUGAUGUCUUGCUGUGCCACGAUGAUGAGCUGGAAGGCCGGAGAAUUGCUUUCAUCCUGUACCUCGUGCCACCCUGGGAGAAAAGCGACGGGGGAACGCUGGACCUGUAUAGCACAGAUGAACACUUUCAGCCACAGCAAAUUGUCAAGUCAUUAGUGCCUUCGUGGAACACGCUCGUUUUCUUUGAAGUGUCUCCAGUCUCUUUCCACCAGGUGUCAGAAGUUCUGUCUGAGGAGAAGUGCCGCUUGUCAGUGAGCGGCUGGUUUCACGGCCCAUCAAUAGUGAGACCUGCACGCCACAUGGAAGCUGCCUUGCCCAGGAGCCCACACAUCCCCUAUGAUCAUGAAAUCUUAUAUGAGUGGAUCAAUCUAGUUUAUUUGGACAUGGACUCCCAAGCUCAAAUCCAGGAGGAAUUUGAGGAGCGAUCAGAAAUUCUCCUGAAAGAUUUUCUUAAGAAAGAGAAAUACCAACUACUGUGUGAAGCUUUGGAGAACAAAGACAUCCAGUGGAGUAGCCGGGGGCCUGCCAAUAAGAGACUCUAUGAGACAGGAGAGGAAGACAGCCUCCCUGACAUCCUGAAGAAAUUCCUGCAGUUCUUACACUCCGAGGCCUUGUUUUUACUGCUUUCUAACUUUACUGGCCUAAAGCUGCACUUCCUGGCUCCCUCUGAUGAGGAUGAAGAUGCUGGGGAAGGAAGAGCAGCAGACACUGCCGGGCACAGCAGUCCCAAACCUGAGCAGGAAGAGGCUGAACAACACGCCGAUAGCAAUCCCCAUCAGCCUGACAACAUCCCUGAAGCACAAGACAGCGAGACGCAGAAUGGCUCAGGUACCCCUGUGUGUGCGGGGGAGCUGAGGCGCUGGACCCACGGGCACUAUACUCUAGUCCAUGACACUCAAGCAACAGAAUUUGCUCUUGACCUGCUCUUCUUCUGUGGCUGUGAGGACUGGGAUCCAGAAUAUGGUGGCUUUACUUCCUACAUCGCGAAAGGUGAAGAUGAAGAGCUGCUGACAGUGAAUCCAGAGGACAACUGCUUGGCCUUAGUUUAUAGAGACAAAGAAACUAUGAAGUUUGUGAAAUACAUCAAUCAUCAUAGCUUGGCUCGCCUGAAAAAGCAUCCGAACAGAACGGGAUUUUGGGAUUUUUCCUUUGUCUAUUACGAGUGAUGGUGCAGAGCGUGACCGUCACACAGAAAACGGUGGUGGUGGUGGGCGGGGGGCAGG